CCUCUUAAGGAGGUUAGGUUUAGGAGUGACAAUGACAUUGAGCAUGAGUAAGAAUUUUUUGAAGAUCCUGACUACAUUACCCCUUACUCCGUGCAAUGAAAGUUACGAAACUGAAGAAAUAUCUUCUAAGGAUACGUUGAGUGUUGGAGGAAGCGAGGAAGUGAGGGCUUUAAAGUACGAUGAUGGGGGCAUGAAGAGUGGGCUGUCUGGGUUAAGAGAACUGAGGACGAGGUGUUAUGAUGUAAAGGUAGACAUUGUCUCUCAAGUGAAGGGCUCAAAUGUCAUAGAGGCUGCUGAGCUUUAUGGGCCUAGCUCGUUGAGUGAAGUUGAGAUGGAUAAAUUUUUGGGUUCUGCUAGGGGGUUAGCUAUUCCCAAGAACCGAGGAAGAAGUCAAAGACUUCUUAGAAUGUUGCAAGUGACAGAGGGGCUGGAAAUAAAGAAAGGGAGCAGCUCUCCAAAGAAAGUAAGGGAGCCAGAGGUUAGGGGAGACAAGGUGGUAAAGUUUGUACCUCGACCUCUUCUUGUUGAGCUUGAUCCCGAGCUCAGAGAGACUGGAGUUAUAACCCACGGCAAGGGUAAAGCUCUCGUUCCUACUCCUUCCUUCCAGAGUAGCAUAUUUGAGAACAAGACUAUGUUAGCAGCGAAGAGAUUUAUAAACUCAUAUGUUCCUGAAGUGGAUCGCCGUCGAGCAAGGAAGGAAGCGUUGACUCAUGGAGGGAGUUCAGUUGUUAAGCAUGCUUUUGAGAAGAAGAAUGGGGAGAUGCAGAAGCAGUUGGAUGAGGGAGUACCAACAGUGAUGAGUUUACAAGACGAGAGAGACUCGCUGAAGAUGAUUCUUUUAUUUGAAGAAAGGAAGAGGACAAUGUACGAAGAAAAGAUUGAAGCACAAGAAAAAGAGAUAAAGAAAAUGAAAGAAUCUAAAGCUGAGCUCAAAAAGAACGUGAAGCUAUUGGUGCAUAACGGGAUGGAAGAGCACAUUGCCAAAAAAAAGGUGAAAUCUCAAUAUCCCGAAGUGGAUCUAACGAAGAUCACCUUUGGCGAACAAGAGGAAAGCGUGGAGGAAGACGGUGAAAUGGAGGAAGGCGAAGUAGAGGUAGGGGGUAUCGAAGUUAAGGAGAGCCAACCACCUCUUCCAAUGGAGGUCCACCAAGUUCCCUCAGAAGAGGACUAGCCAUCUCUUCUUACAGAGAACCAACUUCCUCCCCCAGUAGAAUGAGCUUCUACUUUUUAUUUUGUGUUUAAGUUUGAACAAUACAACUAUUUUGUUUUGAAUAUUUUUGUAAGAUUUGAUUUAACAAUUUAUAUAUUGAGGAUUUGUUUCAAGAUUUAUUUUGUGUUACUGUUAAGUAAGAACUGAAAUAGAAGAAAUCACUUCAAAUGUGAAGUGAAAUUCGUUAAUAAAAGUGAAGUCCAAGG